AGUAUAAAAGUUCAGAAUCCAAAGAGUUCUGUUCAGUGGGCUCUUGUAAGCAAGCGGUUUUGUAGAUACUAGAAGUUUAGCUAUGGUGCGUGUUCCAAAUAUAAAACUCAAUAAUGGCCUUGAAAUGCCGGCAUUUGGCUUGGGGACAUACCAAUCCAAACCAAAUGAAGUUGCAAAUGCUGUGAGACAUGCAAUCGAUCAUGGUUACCGUCAUAUUGACACAGCAUUUUUCUAUGUCAAUGAGCAAGAGGUGGGGGAAGCUAUCAAACAGAAAAUUGCGGAAGGAAUUGUGAAGCGAGAAGAUAUUUACCUAGUGACUAAGCUAUGGUGUACCCAUCAUGAGCCUUCAAAAGUUGAAUACGCUUGUCGAUUGUCUUUAAAAAAUCUGGGUCUGGAUUAUAUUGAUUUAUAUUUGAUGCACAAUCCUGUUGGAUUCGUCUAUAAAGACGACUCCACAUUCUUCACUAUGAAGGAAGGAUCGGGCUUUGUUGCAACUAGUGACGUGGACUAUUUAGACACUUGGAAAGCUAUGGAGCAACUUGUGAAGAAAGGGCUGGUUCGAAGCAUUGGUGUUUCGAAUUUUAAUGUAGAGCAAACGGACCGCCUAUUGAAAAAUUGUGAAAUCAAGCCGGUUACAAACCAGGUGGAAUGCCACAUAGAAUUGAGUCAAAAGGAACUUCGUGAAUUUAGCAAAGCUCACGGAAUUUUUAUAACUGCAUAUUGUCCUCUUGGACAGCAUAAUGCCGCGGAAAAGAAACCAGCAUUCCUGUAUGACGAUCGCACCAAGGCCAUCGCGGAUAAAUAUAAUAAGACGCCAGCUCAAGUCGCUAUAAGAUACUUGAUCCAAAUUGGAACUGUCCCCAUUCCGAAAUCAGUCACAAACUCCAGGAUUGAAGAAAAUAUCAAGGUUUUCGAUUUCGAACUUACGCCGGAUGAAAUGAAAACUUUGGAAGGACUAGAUUCAGGCAAUCGCGUCGCUAAAUGGUCAUUCAUUGAUCCAAACCACAAAUAUUAUCCUUUUAAGUGAGUUAUCUGAAAUUGUGAUAAAAUCUGUCUUAAAUAUACAUACAUAUGGUACAUAUGCGCAAUAAUAAAAUUA